AUGCGUCUUAUGGAAGCUGUUGCUGCUGGGAAAAUGACAGUCCCAGCUUCGCUGACUGCUCUGGAAAAGGACAUGAAGAAGGAGUGGACCAAGGCGAAUAAAGCUACCAUGGUUGCAACAUCCAAGCCAUCUGGGACAAGAGCCGCAGGUGGAACUAAGAGGAAGGCGACUGAUGUGCAAGUCGUUGCCACCGGUGGAACAUCUGUCAGUGUUUCAGUUACCGUGAACCACGGAGCGGAUGUGCAUGCCGCGAAGAAACCGAAGGCCACUCCAAGAACCACGUCUACGAAACAGGGUGCAACAAAGACGACCAAGUCUGCCACGCCAAAGGCCAACGGGCCGAAAACCAUCCCUCGGAAGCAAUACGCACGCCGAGGAAAUCCUAAUUUCGGAGGUCGAAUCAAGGAUGAACCUGACUUUGAGGACGAGUACAACAGCAGCUCAUUCGACUGCACUCCAACUGGUGCUGCCUCCUCUUCCACUGGUUCAUCUCGCCCAAGGCAGACUGCUCGCCGCGGUAACCCUAGCUUUGGUGGCAGAAUCAAGCGCGAACCUGUGGUCAAGGACGAAUUUAACGAAAUACCUGCUCCCGUUAGUCUUCUGCCCCUCGGUCUGAUCAAUGGUCGCUACGAGGUUGUGUAUAUGGGCUUUGGCCGCAGUUAUCUGAACGAAGACUAUCGUUACCUUGUAUGCACCAUUGAGGGCGAUCGACUAUGGGUGUCUUUUGAUUUCAAGGUCGUCAGAGGUGUUAUGCAAACACAUACGCGACCGAUGGUGUCUGACCUGGAGCCAUUGCUGUUUCACUGGUGCGGAGAAGGACCAGACGGCAGGACAUACGACUAUUCUCAUGAAGCGUCUUUGACUUUCGUUGGGGGCGGGGUGAUCGAGGGUACUAUCGAGUUCGCGUGCUGGAAGUAUGAUUUUAGGGCAGAGCGCGUUAGUGGUCAGCCUACGAGGAGUCAAAUCCCUGCGUACGAAAUGCGCGAUAGUUGGGAGGCCUGGUGCGCUGGAUAA